AAGGUCAUAAGGAUGGACUUAGAAAAUUAUAAAGGGUGCUCGCUUACCCUCUUUUUCCCACCACUCUUCUCAUUAUCAAUCCACAGAAGCUUACCAACUAAAAGCCCUCCUCAGCAGCACAGCUCUAACACAACAGAAUCCCCCUCACAAUGGUCGUCUCUCUUCCUGUCCCAACUCAUGCCAGCAGUGAUGUCCUCAGCCAGGCUGUCAAGUCCUCAGAUUCGACCUUCAAGGUCCUUUACUUUGGUCUCCACGGUCGCGGUGAGUUGAUCCGUGCCCUCCUUGCCUUUGCCGGUGCCAAGUGGGAGGAGCUAACAGCCGACUGGCCCGCUCAAAAGUCCCACACCCCUUUCGGCGUCCUGCCUGUCGUGUACGAGACCACCUCCGAUGGAACCGUUCUCGAGCUCGCAGAGUCCCAGGCAAUUGAGCGCUACCUCUCUAACAAGUUCCACCUCUACGGAAAGAACGAGUACGAGCACCACAAGGUCGAGCAGUACUUCACCUCCAUCGAUACUGUCUGGCUCGCCUUCAGGCCCAAGGUCAUCGAUGCCGCCCCCGAGAACCGUGUCGAGGAGGCCAACAAGUUCUAUGACGAGACCAUUUCGAAGAUCGCCGCUAUCCACGAGGAGCACCUCAAGAAGAACGGAUCGAACGGUCACUACGUUGGCGAUUCCUUCACUCUCGCUGAUCUGAAGACUGCCGUGUUUGUCGAUCGCAUCCUUCUGUUGAGACCCGCGGGUGCAAAGGAGGCUCCCUUCUCGGCCGAGAAGACUCCUAACAUCUGGAAGGUUUAUGAGACUGUCAAUAGCCACCCCAGCUAUGCUGCAUGGAAGGAGAGUCAGAGAUACCAGGAGUUGAGUGCUGGCACCAAGGGAAUCUUCAAGUUCUGAAGGGAUGCCAUCCGCAGGGGGCACACUCCCUCCAAUCCGGUAUGCCGUAGUGCAUCCACCAAGACUUGAAAAUAAGCAAACAUACUUAUAAGCUGUUAUCCUCAGUUCAAGUAUAUUACGCACAAUGAUUUAGAUCACAGUAAUAGUUUAUGGUGUAUACGUUUGAGUUGACCGGGCAACUCAGGUCAGCUCAUUUUGACCCAUAAUAAUGUCCACUCAAAUGACACAGCGUACAAAAAUGAAAAUAAAAGGCCCACUCAAAACAAACGGCGCAAACGGCCUUUCCCCCCUACUCGAUCUCUGUACCUCUCACCUCAUGCAGCCAUGCGAAG